GGGAGACCGGUGUUACCAGGCUGUUUGAUGUUCUACCGGACGCCAUGGCCCGAUGGCUCGAGCGGCGUUGGAACUUGUUUGCCACCGCUUUGGCACUCAACAUCGCUGCGGGCUGCACGUAUGACUACAGUGCCUACAGCCCGGUCGUGAUCGACACCUUCGGCCUUACCCUGAGGGAGACAGACCUCGUGAUGAACUUUGCGUUCUUCUUUUACGCCACCACCUCCUAUGGCUACAGCAUUUGCAAUCAGAAGCUGGGCCCCAAGAGAUCACCCCGCAUCGGUUGUGCUGUGAUGUUAGCUUGCUAUGCGCUUCUCGUGUACAACCUGGUGCAGCCUUUGCUGCCAGGUCCACAUGGCGCUGCACUGAUGUCCGUGCUGAUGGGCGUGGGCUGGGCUGGUCAAGGGACCAGUCUUGGUGCUGGAUUCCAACAGGUGGUCCGAUGCUUUCCGGACUCUUCGGGAUUUGCGGUAGGUGUCAUCAAAGGCAGCCUGGGUGCUGGCGGUGCUUUGGCACCGGCCAUUUUCUUUGGCCUUUGGGGCCAACGUCCACCGGAGAAUGCGCUUGGGAUGAAACUAUUCCCUGCCUUUGCUAGCAUCACUUUGGGUCUUUCCAUUUGGCUCUUCACCUGCUGCGUGGACGCCCGGCCGGGCUCCUCUACAAGAGAUGGACGGGUCUUCUUCAUCUUGGCCUGUGCGGUGGUGGUCAUCACGGCCGCCGCCACUGCUUGUAGUUUUUUGCCCUUGGGGGCGCUUUCAGAUUGCCUCCUGGCUGCGACGAUUUCCUCUUUGCUGGCACUUUUUCUGGGGCUGAGCUUUCUGGAGGACAAAGACGCCGAGCUGGCCGAGUCAGAGGGAUCAACCGCUGAUGCCAUGCACAUCACUGUACAGCAGGCAUCGAAGACCGCGGAGUACUGGAUGUGCAUGCUCGUCUUCAGCUCAGCCGCUGGGUCUGGCCAACUGGUCCUCACGAACCUUUCGCAGAUGGCGGAUGCGAUUGGCUUUUCAGCACAAAGUGAAGCGCUCCUUUGUUGUUUCUCCUUUUGCAAUAUGCUGAGCCGACUUGCUUUUGGCAUGGCAUGUGAUAUCUUGAAGCGUCGUCGAGCCUCGCGCGUCCUCCUUUUCGUGCUUUCAACGGUGUUGGGGGCUUGCGGCCAAGUGCUGCUUCAUGCUGCUGCUGUUCAAGAGGAUCUCACACUGCUGGUGUCCGGCGUCGUCAUUGUGGGACUGGGCUUUGGCGGUGCCUUUCCAACUCUGGUCAACGUGUGUGCAGCGCGCUGGGGCUCAGCGACACUGAAUGCCAACUGGACCCUUUUGGAUGCGGUCGGCAAUGGAACUGCAUCUUUGCUCUUUGGCAGCUACCUGGGAAGUUAUUCAUACGACCGUCAUGCGGACAAGUCUGGCCGUUGCUUUGGUCGAGAUUGCUUUUCUUUCCCACACUUGGUGAUGGCCGCAGCGUGUGUCGCUGGGGCGAUGAUCUCCAUUGCUUUGAUUUGUCUACAUCCUCACCAUCGCCAGAUUCGACGCUCUUUGUCACAGCUCCCGGUCGAACGUGCUCCUAUAUCGAGCUUUGACAUUGAUGCUAGCAGCUAAAUUUGGUUGCUAUGCGCUUGGUUUGCUGAUCAAA